AUGGCUAUUUCAAAGAAUUUACCAUUAUUAAACAACCAUUUUAGAAAACACUGGCAAGAAAGAGUCAAAGUCCACUUUGACCAAGCUGGUAAAAAAGCUUCAAGAAGACAAUCAAGAUUAAGAAAAGCUGCAAAAAUUGCACCAAAACCAAUUGAUUCAUUAAGACCAGUUGUUAGAGCUCCAACUAUCAAAUAUAACAGAAAAGUCAGAGCAGGUAGAGGUUUCACUUUAGCUGAAAUUAAAGCUGUUGGUUUAACUGCUAAAUAUGCUAGAACUAUUGGUAUUUCAGUUGAUCAUAGAAGACAAAACAAAUCACAAGAAACCUUUGAUGCUAAUGUUCAAAGAUUAAAUGAAUAUAAAUCAAAAUUGGUUAUCUUUGAUAAAAAAACUAAAGCUUCAGAAGCUGCUCAACAUGAACAAAUUUCAGUCUCAUCAACUUUCCCAAUUGAACAACCAACUGGUGAACAAGGUACUAGAGCUGUUGAAGUUCCAGAUCAAACUUCUUACAGAACAUUAAGAUUAGCUAGAAAUGAUAAAAAAUAUAAAGGUAUCAGAGAAAAAAGAGCUAAAGAAAAAGCUGAAGCUGAAGCUGAAAAAGCUAAAAAAUAA